UUAAUCCACCCCGAAUUCAGUAAUCUAUUUAUCCCGCUGCCCUUUGCGGAACUGUUGUGAGCUGAGAACCAAUGUGCCGUGGCGCACUGGCGGCCGGAGGACUCUUUUAGCAAAGAACUACCAGUUCUCUUGAGGCGGGUCGGCGGAUGCAGUUCCGGUGGGAGAACGCUGCAGUGAGGUCCUUGGCUUCUGUUCCUGAGAUGCACAGACCGAAUUUUCGACCCCCGACUCCUCCUUACCCCGGCCAGGGUGUAGGAAGUUGGGGUAGCGGGAGCAGCUUCCGGGGUACCCCGGGCGGGGGCGGACCGCGGCCGCCUUCCCCUCGGGACGGGUACGGGAGUCCGCACCACACGCCGCCUUACGGACCCCGGUCUAGGCCCUACGGGAGCAGCCACUCUCCGCGACACGGCGGCAGCUUCUCGGGGGGCCGGUUCGGGUCUCCGUCCCCAGGCGGCUACCCUGGCUCCUACUCCAAGUCCCCCGCGGGGUCCCAGCAGCAAUUCGGCUACUCCCCAGGGCAGCAGCAGACCUACCCCCAGGGUUCUCCAAGGACAUCUACACCAUUUGGAUCAGGGCGUGGUAGAGAAAAAAGAAUGUCUAAUGAGUUGGAAAGUUAUUUCAAGCCUUCAAUGCUUGAAGACCCUUGGGCUGGCCUAGAACCAGUAUCUGUAGUGGAUAUAAGCCAACAAUUCACCAAUACUCAGACAUUCACAGGCAAAAAAGGAAGAUACUUUUGUUAACAUUUCUGAAAUUCAACUGGAAGCUUCAUGUGUCAGAACAUCUUGGACAGAAGUUUUUAUUUGUAUAAUUAAGUUGACUUUGAAUAACUGAAUAAUUAUUAGUAGGGCCUUUUUAGUAUUUCUCAUAUCAAGUAUUGAUAUUAGAGAAGAUAGGAUCAUUUACAGUAUUUAGCUGCCUGUAAGUGCCUACUACAUUUAGAAAAAUUAGUUUCUAUAUAUUUCACAUUCCUGGUUAUAUAAUGAACAUUUGUCAUAAUGUUUUUCAAUGCUUUAAAAUAAAACAUUUUGUCUU